GGUACUCUUACACACCACGAGCCGCGGAUGUUACGCAUUCGCUCAGUGUCGGGGGAAGUCCUCGUGACAAUUGAGUUGCAGAGCUUUCUUGACGCGCUCACUGCAGAGAUCUCUCCUGUCCGGGCACUGAAGCAACACUUGCACGGCUUCUGCGGGCAGCCAAGAUUCAAGCAACGGCUGCUGGUUUUGGGCGAUGACAUCCUGUUGAGUGACACAGACGACGAGCACAUCUUGAAACCUGGCGAUGUUCAGCUCGUGGUUGUGAACUUCAGGUCAACAUCUGCACUGCAAGUAGAAGAGCUUCGAGGUGCUGCAGGAAGUGGCCAGACAUCAGUCGUGGAGACGAUUCUGCAAAGGCCACAAGACCCGGAUUUAGGUGAUCCAGCCCCAUUGUUCAUCACAUCCGCCGGCGGCCACUUGGAGGUGGCGCGCCUGUUGUUGGAGGCCAAAGCUGACAAGGACAAGACUGUGAACGAUGGCGCCACCCCAUUGUACAUCUCAGCUCAGAAUGGGCACUUGGAGGUCACAUGCCUUUUGGUGGAUGCAAUGGCU